GAAAGAGGAAAUGGAGGCUUUAGAUGCUAAUGGUACAUGGGAACUGUUGCCUUUGCCCACUGGUAAGAAAGCUAUUGGUUGCAAAUGGGUAUUUACAGUAAAGGUAAAUUCUGAUGAUUCUGUGGCUAGGUUAAAAGCACGCCUUGUAGCAAAAGGAUAUGCUCAGACAUACGGGGUUGAUUACUCUGACACUUUUUCUCCUGUAGCUAAACUUACAUCUAUUCGCUUGUUUAUCUCUUUAGCAGCUACAUAUGAUUAGCCCCUGCACCAAUUGGAUAUUAAGAAUGCUUUCCUUCAUGGUGAUCUUUAGGAGGAGGUGUAUAUGGAGCAACCACCUGGGUUUGUUGCUCAGGGGGAGUUGGGUAAAGUUUGUAGGCUUCGGAAGUCUCUUUACGGCUUGAAACAAAGUCCUAGGGCUUAAUUUGGGAGAUUCAGUGAAGCAGUACAGGAAUUUGAUAUGCAAAAGAGUAUUUCAUCUCUUAAAACCUUUUUCCGAACCCAGUUUCAGACCAAAGACUUGGGAUUGUUAAAGUAUUUCUUGGGUAUUGAUGUUAUGAGAAGUAAGAAGGGUAUUUUCUUGUCUCAAAGAAAAUAUGUCCUCGAUUUCUUGACAGAGACAGGAAAAUUAGGUGCUAAGCCUUGUAGUGCACCAAUAACUCCAAAUUUGCAACUGUUAGCAGGGGAUAGUGAGUUGUUUGAAGAUCCAGAGAGAUACAGGAGAUUGGUAGGAAAAUUGAAUUACCUUACAGUCACUCGUCCUGACAUUGCUUAUGCCGUUAGUGUGGCAAGUCAGUUUAUGUCUUCCCCAACUAUUGCUCAUUGGGAAGCCUUGGGACAAAUCUUGUGUUAUUUGAAGGGCGCUCCAGGAAUAGGUUUGUUAUAUGGUAAUCAUGGGCAUUUGAAUGUUGAAUGUUUUUUAGAUGUCGACUGGGCUGGAUCUAAGGUUGACAGGAGGUGAACUACUGGAUAUUGCGUUUUUGUUGGAGGAAAUUUGGUGUCUUGGAGAAGUAAGAAGCAGAGUAUAGGUUCUCGAUCUAGUGCUGAAUCUGAAUACAGAGCCAUGGCACAAUCAGUAUGUGAGGUAAUGUGGAUACUUCAAUUACUAGAUGAGACAGGUUUUAAGACCUCCCUGCCUGCGAAAUUGUGGUGUGAUAAUCAAGCUGCUCUCCAUAUUGCUUCUAAUCCGGUGUUUCAUGAGCGUACCAUACAUAUUGAGAUUGGUUGUCACUUUAUUCGUGAAAAGAUUCAACAACAGAUCAUCUCAACAGGACACAUCAAAACUAGAGAGCAAUUAGGAAAUAUUUUCACAAAAGCUCUGAAUGGAGUUAUGAUUGACUACAUUUGUAACAAGUUGGGCAUGAUUAACAUCUAUGCUCCAACUUGAGGGGGAGUGUUAUAGAAAGUCAAUCACUAUAUUAUUUCUCUGUAUAUUCUGUAUUCUGUAUUCCUAUUUAGGAUUUCUUAUUUAGGAUUUCUUUAUAAUUAGUAGAACACAAUUAUAGGAAUUAAUUGUAUAUAUAUACCCAUGUACAGAUUAAUUGAAAUUAAGGAGAAUCGUCUCUUUCUACAAUAUUUAUGCAGACUUGUAGUAUGUUAUGCAAUUACAUUAAGAAAGUAGCAGGCUACAAGAAAUUGGCUAGCCAUAGAAUUAUUUUCAUCAAACCAUAUCAAUUCAUGGAAGCAUACAUACCAUUUGGGUCUCUUUGUGCUUGUCGAAACUGGAAGUCUUUAUGGAAUUAACUUCAUAUGCAAACUGUUAGCUUGAUAACAGGAGGAAUAUUUGGCAUUUCUCAAUGAUAUCUGUCAUGUAUGGUAAGAAGAUCCAUUGGCAAAUUGAGAAAUAAUAAUGAUAAGGAAUUGAUGUUUCUUCUGUGCAAGUAUGCUGUGGAAAUGAUAUUACAGAAACCUCAAAAGCUUGAUGGUGGUUGUUGGGGGUUUUAUUUUGUGAUCACGUAUUCUAAAUAUCUUUAAGAUUAGGAAUAAUCACAUCUGUUAGAGAAUGCAUGUAGCACAUAUUUGAGAUAAAGCGAGAGAAGGUUGUUUAAUAUCGUUUGAUCAUGUACAACAUAGAGAAUCAAAUGCCCCAGUAUAGAAGUGUGAUAGGUUUAGUAGAGGAAGGACUACUAAUUUUAAAUGUAGCAAAAUUAGUUCAUUGUAUUGGAUGUCCCCCUAGCUGGACAGAACUUAUGUUGUGCUCUCUUUGUGCUUUAUUGCUUCUGUUGUUGUGUGAUGUGCUUGCAUGAUGUGCUGCUUUACAUGUGUUGGUGAUUAAAAGUUAGCAUUUUCUAAGUUGAUGUUCCUUAGCUUCUUAAUCUUCUUUAAUAUGGAAAUAACUUGUGUAGUAGCUUCUUAAUCUUCUUUAAUAUGGAAAUAACUUGUGUAGUUGUGUGUGUCCUUUGCAUGCACAGCUUUCAUUCUUUGUGCGCAUUUAUUUUCUGUCUUUGCUUCUAACAAAUUCUAGUUACAGUUGUGACUUGCAUAUGUUUGUGAAUAUCAUUCAUUAAUCAUUUGUCUAGAAGGCAGUGCUGAUUAUAAAUGCAUGAUUCUGUUGAUACACGUCAUGCAGUAGCUUUAGUUGGUUAAUUAUCACUGCUUUAUGUUUCUAUUGUUUUGCACUUCCGUUGUAUUAGCUUGCUUGUUUAUGUGUUCUUUGGAUCUUCUUUCCUCAUCUUAGACUCUGUGCUUAUCAGUUAUUGAAGUUUAGGUUGAGCUUCUUAUUAAUUGUAACUAUGAGAUGUAAUUCUACUUUGUAAGAGCGUGCUUUACAUAAAUUUGAAGUACUAUAUUGAGAUUAUGAAAGCGUC